UGAGGAAUCUACCGCAACCUUCAAGCAGCGAGCACGAAUCUCCAACUGUACUUGCCUUCCCCCGUGGGCAGUCUCUCCUCUUCCAUCUACUCGUGACAUUGCCUCUCGCUCUUAAGCUCUUCAUCCCAGUACAGAGCAAGAGCAGGGCCACCGGAGAUGGCGUCGUCGCCGCGGGUGUGCGUGACCGGCGGCGGUGGGUACAUCGCCUCGUGGCUCGUCAAGCUGCUCCUCUCCCGCGGCUACGCCGUCAACGCCACCGUCCGCGACCCAAGUGAUCCCAAGAACGCGUGCCUCCAGCAGCUGGAUGGGGCUCCGGAGAACCUGCGGGUGUUCAAGGCCGACAUGCUCGACUACGGCGCCGUGACGCCCGCGCUCGCCGGCUGCGAGGGCGUCUUCCAUAUCGCCACUCCGGUUCCCGAGCAGGAGAUGCUUGAUCCCGAGAAAGAGAUGAUGGAUCCUACUGUCAAGGGAACCAUGAAUGUUCUCAAGGCCUGUUCAGCUAUGAACGUUGAGAAACUCAUUCUGGUUUCCUCCGCCGCCAGUAUUUGCUUCAAUCCGGAUUGGCCAGAAGAUAAACUCAAAGAUGAGAGCUGCUGGUCAGACAAAGAGUUCUGCAAGAAGAAUGAGAGCUGGUAUUCUCUUGCGAAGACCGAAGCUGAAGAGAUAGCCCUGGAAUACGGGGAGAAGAACGGAUUGCAUGUCAUCACAUUCUGCCCUGGUCUGGUCUUCGGCCCUCUGUUGCAGCAUGUGGUGCUCAACACUAGCAGCAAGGUCCUCCUCUACAUCAUAAAAGGAGGCCCUGAUACGAUGAACAAUAAGUUCUGGCCCAUCGUAGAUGUUCGCGACGUAGCCGACGCGUUGCUCCUGUUGUACAACAAGGCGGGGCGAUAUGAGAGAUACAUAUGCUCGUUAGACCAAAUGGACUUGAAGGAUUUGCUGGAGAUAAUGAAGAACUUGUACCCUAGUUACAGUUAUGCAGACAAGAUGGUCGACGUGGAUUACAAGGGUGCAAUGACAUCGGAUAAACUGAAGAAUUUGGGGUGGCAACCAAGGAAAUUAGAGGAUACACUCGCAGACAGCGUCGAGUCGUAUGAGAAGGCAGGACUUCUUCAUGUUUCAGAUGGCGAACCCUGCCGGCUUCCCUUCUUCUACCGCAUGCCUCCCUUCGAGGAAUGAGCCAGCACCAUUUUGUCAUUGCUUUUUAAUUUUCCUUGAGACAUCAUCAAAUGUAUUUGGAAAAAUAAGGAGGGGAUCAGGUCACAUGAUCCAUCCAGGAUGGAUGCAUGCAGAUUCAACUUGUGUCCCUGUUUGAUUUCUUAGCUGAACAAUUGAAGCUAUGUUUGAGGUUGU